AUGUACAAGGCCGUCAUCCUGCCGACACUACUGUAUGGAGCGGAGACUUGGACGGUGUACACAAAGCAGGCACGCCGACUGAACCACCUCCACCUCAGUUGUCUUCAUCGCAUCCUGAGGCUGAACUGGCAGGAUCGAAUCCCCGACACUGAAGUACUGGAACGAACGGGAAUCCUCAGCAUCUACGUCAUACUGAGACAAAUACAGCUGCGCUGGAGCGGCCACCUGGUGCGCAUGGACGACGAGCGACUACCCAAACGACUCUUCUACGGAGACGUCGCGACGGGUUCUCGCCAUCAAGGAGGCCAGAUUCGCCGUUACAAGGAUACGCUGAAGUCCUCCCUGAAACGCAUGCAAAUCAACCCCACCAACUGGAAGGAGCUCGCACUCGAUCGGUCGACCUGGAGGAGGACAGUGAAGACAGGCGCUGCGAUCUACGAAGCCAACCGCAUCGCUGCCGCCAAAGCGAAACGCGAAGCCUGCAAAUCCUAA